AUGUGGGGUCCCGGGGUCACCGCCGAGGGCCUGUCGGUGGCUCCAGCGCCACCGCCGCUGCUGCCGCUGCUGCUGCUGCUGGCGCUGGCAUUGGUGGCGCCCUCGCGGGGCGGCGGGGGCUGCGCGGAGCUGGCGUGCAGCGAGCGGGAGCGCUGCUGCGACUCGGCCAACGCCACGGCCGUGCGCUGCUGCAAGCUACCGUUCCACGCCUUCCUGGACAACGUGGGCUGGUUCGUCCGCAAGCUCUCUGGGCUGCUCAUCCUGCUGGUGCUCUUCGCCAUCGGCUACUUCCUGCAGCGCAUCAUCUGCCCCAGCCCACGCAGGUACCCGCGUGGCCAGGCGCGACCUGGCCAGGCACGACCCGGGCCUCCCGGGGGUGCCGGACCGCCGGGGACCGCGGGGCCGCCCGACGACGACGACGACUCUCCCGCUCUGCUGCGCGACGAGGUGGCCGCGGGCUCGCAGGACUCUCUGCUGGACAGUGGCGGUGGUCGGGGCCGAGGAGGUGGCGGACGCCUGCCUCCCUCCUGUGUUUCGGAGCACGAGCUGCGCGUGGUGUCACCGGUCUUUCUCCAGCUGCCCAGCUACGAGGAGGUCAAGUACCUGCCCACCUAUGAGGAGUCCAUGCGGCUGCAGCAGCUCAACCCUGCGGAGGUCGUGCUGCCGGUGUCGGUGCUCGGCCGCCCGCGAGGCGGCAGUGCCGGGGACCCCGACGGUGACCAGGGUCGUUUCCCGCUCAUCUGAGUGUAGGGAGCCCCACGGGGAUCGCCCGGACCGUACAAGGUUGGGGGCUGCGGGUGGCACGCAACAGCUGGUGUGUCGGCGGUCGCUACUGACUGCCUCUGACCACACCUAGCAUCCCCGCACAACCUGUAGCCCCGCGCCUGGGUUGGGGUCAGUCCCCUCCCUCUCGCUUCCCGGGAAAUCUGUGUUUUUCUGUGUUUCUUUGGGCUCAAGGCUGGGCAGCUCGGCGGGGCAACGGCUUUGGACUAGCCUCCAGCUCUUGUCGGACGGUCGGUCCCCGCCCUCUGCCUUGCCUCCCCUCGUGUUCACUGUAAGUGCCUGCUUCUCCAAUCCAAAAGAACACGUAAACCGUUCGUGUGUCUAGAGACCAGCGGCUUGCUUUACGGUUAAAAGGGAAGGAGUGCAGGUCCAUUCCUUGCUCUCCUGCUUGGGCCGGUCACAGACUCCCAGGACAUAAUGGUGGGGAGCCUUUGGCUCUGGACCACGACUGCUGCAUGCGGGUCUGUGGAAACAGUGCUUGGCUGUGAUGGGACCCAUUGAGAAGGAACCAGAAAAUCCUUUGGUGUCUUCCUGACCAAGCAAAUAGAGAUGAUGGUUCACAGUUUUGUUGGGGAAGGGGUACCAUGAUGGAUGAUUUAGUGGCUGCAGCUGCUCAAGAUGUAGCAACUAAUGAAUCCAGACCGUAUUUGUAAUAUGGUACCGAUGGACUUUGAUUUUUCAGUAUGUAGACUGUUUAUUUUGUCCUUUAUUUUUUUUAUAUUUUGUCAUGACAAAUUGACAAGAUAAUCAGUCUUGUUUUAGGCCAGUUAUCCUCAAGAAAUCACCCACGUGCUGUCACUGUUUAAUACAGUGUUGGACAUCAUUUCAUUAAGGGGAGCAGGGUCAAGCCAGAAAUGUGACAUAAAAACAUGAAGGAUAUCUUAUUUUCACUAUUUGAGAAUAUAUUUUAUUUUUAGUACUGAAGCAUAAGACAUAACUUUUUAUAAUAACUGUGUAUAUUGUGUACCCUGGUACUGAACUAUAUCAUUUAUCAUGGAAUCAUAUGUAAAAGGAUCAUUGGUGUAUAUAUAUGCCGUAUAUGUAUAUGUAUAUGUAUAUGUAUAUGUAUAUGUAUAUGUAUAUGUAUAUGUAUAUGUAUAUGUAUGGAGCAAGAUGGCUUGCCUGUAUUUCCUUCUCUAUUUUUCAUCUGAGAUACAUCCUGCAAUGUAAUUCUAAACAUAAAGACAGACUUGUAACUUUCGUCUAAACCUGAAAUUUUGAAGUAAUGUGCAAAAACGGAUUCACCCAACCUAUGUUUAUUAAAAUUAAGCAGUAUCAUUUUACUAGAUCUACCAUUCUGGGACAUUCCCUUUAAGCAAAGCGUAGGUAAUAGGACACAUCUUAAUGCAUCAUGUAUAAGGUACAUAAUGUAGUGUCUGUGUACACUGUAUACAUUGUAUGCUGUAUAGCUGUGGUAGCUUACUGCUGGCAUGAAAGGAAAGGGCUGAAAGGAGCACAGCUUCCCCUGGAGACGUGCGAAGCACACUGGUUGUCAAGAAAGAUUGUCCACGUGGGUCUAUGAUGGAAGAUGCUGGGCGGGCCUAAGAAACCUUCAGUUAUCGUAUUUUUAAAAAUGAUGUGAUUACUUUUGACUUUUAAAGGGUGAUUGAAAAAGUCUGAUGUCCUGGGAACUUUUUUAAUGUAUGGAUUAUAAUAAAAGAAUGGUUUACUUUAAACUUCUCAAAGCUAAUGGCCCUGUCCUUAAAGAGAAUCAUCUGAAGUCUAUUAAAACAGAAAAAUGCUAA